GAUAAUCCAAGUGAAUUACUGAAAUUGCUGGCAUUAAGGGAAGAUCAGUGGAUUGUCUUGGAUGACAUUGUGGUGAAGAAUGUGCAGAAUGGAAUUGUCUCAUUUGAAAUGAGUGAAUAUUUACAAAGCUUUAUUGUAGUUCGUCUGUCUCCGGCUAUGGAUGCCCCACAUUUGAUUCAAUUUAUUCAUAGUUUGGAAUUUGCUAUACACAGCUCAAUGGUCAAUGUGGUUUUGUAUAAAAGGAAAGACAACUUUCACAACAUCAUUGUAGAACUGGUUCCCUCUAAAGAAUUAAACUGGGAAACCUCAGCUUUGACAGAAGCUGGAUACACGGGACCACCUGAGCCCUCUGAAGCAAUAGCUCUUCAAGAAGGAGACCAAAUUCAUUUUCAGUUUUGUGGCAACAUAUCAGCAUUGGGUGGCACAGAAUCUAAUGAAACAUACAGAUUGACAUUUCACUCACAAAAAAUGCACAGAAUAUCCUUAGAUCUCAGUGUUGUUGAUGAGUUUGGAAAUUACAGCUCACCACAUUAUAAAGGGACAGUAGCAUUCUACAGAAUAUCUAAGGAAGACAUUUUUACAAGCUACAAGACAGGACAAUCAGCUGACAGAUCUUUACGACUAAGGACACCAGUAUGCAAGCUUCCUAUUGCCCUCCCUAAGGUGGAGAAAUGUAUCAGUCGCCCAUCAAGUACAAAAUUAAUAACAAGAGAUCCUGGAGAUCUUCUAUGGGAUAGUGUGUUGAAAUGGUUGUCUCAUGAACUCUCAGAAGAAGAUGCCACUGAGUUGUUUCUGUCUCUUCCUAUGCAGCGGAGUACUGUCCAGUUAGUGAGACUAAAGAACCCAGAUAACUUGGCUGCACAGGUCUAUGAAAUGCUAAGUCUUUGGAAGAAAAGACUACCAACUUCAACAGACAAGUUCCGACUCUUAGCACGG